ACAGAUGACAGGUUGCAAACAUACACCACGUGUGUCGCGUGAGGUCACUGGAAACUACAAACGUGGGAUGUGUUUGGAUAGUGAGACGUUAAUAGCGACGAAAUGCUGUACCGCGUAGUUUCAAAAUCAUCACAUCGAAACAUACCGUCGCAUUAACGAAAAGAAAGUGACGAUUAUAUUUCGAAAGACUUAUGAGUUGCCUCGCAAGAAAUAUUAAGAACUAGGAUUUGUAAAAUGUCUGGCGAAGACGACAAUGAAGAAUUGGCUUCCUCGGAGCUUGGAACGAUUGAAUACUGGGACAAAACGUAUUCAACAGAGAUUCAGAAUUUUGAAGACCAUGGUGACAUAGGAGAAGUCUGGUUCGGAGAAGACAGUGCAUUGAGGGUUGUCAGGUGGUUAUGUGAUAAUCCAGAAGUGAAAAGAGAUGACAGGAUUUUGGAUGUUGGCUGUGGCAAUGGAAUGUUGCUCAUUGAGCUGGCUCGUGAAAAGUUUUGUGAUCUGACAGGCAUUGAUUACUCCCAGAAUGCCAUUGAACUAGCCAAUGCUGUUGCAAGAAAGCAGAAUAUUGAUAUUAAAUACUAUGUCUGCGACAUGUUGGCAAAUUACGAUGAGCUAAUUGAGGGUGGUACAUUGCUGAAAGAGUAUGACAUUGUUUUAGACAAAGGUACAUAUGAUGCAGUUAGUCUACAUCCAGUAGAUGCUAAGAAAAAGAGAGAAAAAUACAUUGAAAACAUCCACAGGAUACUGUCUCACACUGGAAUGUUUGUUAUAACAUCUUGUAAUUGGACACAAGGUGAACUAAUUUCUCAUUUCAAAGCAAAAUUUGAACUCCUUGAUAUCAUCCCAACACCAAAAUUUCAAUUUGGUGGGAAAACUGGCAGCCUGAUCACAUCUCUCGUUCUUCGGAAAUGCUAAAUAUUGUGCCUGUAAAAAUGUUUGCAGUGAAUUUGAUGCUUUUUUCUUUAUGUUUUCAUUAAAAUAUUACAAAGACAAGAAUAUAAAGCAAUUUCAUGCAUAUGUAAUGGUUGUUAUAAAAAUUCUUUGUUCAAUUAUUUCUUCUUAGUGACAUUAUUUUUAAACAUUUGCUUGACAAUAAGAUGUUCCUUGGUUGAUUUGCUGUUUAUUUUAAGUGUAUGUUUACUUAUUGCUGUAAUGUUACAUGUGUUUCAUGUAUUUGUUGUUUCACACAAUUUAGUGAACAAAAUACUGUUAUUCAUUGUAAAUGCAAGUUAUCACUGAGUGGACAGCAAGGUGAGGUAGUACUUUUUAAGCAGAAUUUUUUCUGAACACAAAUAUCUUGCUUUUGUAGGCAGUUCACUCUGGUAAUGGAAGACAUCUUUCAGAAUUUGAGUCCCAUAAGAUUUUCUUUCUUUAACUGAAUGUGAAAGGCAAAAGUGAAAUGCUUCAUAACUUUCUCUAACUGAAAGCAAAAAGUGUAUAUAGUUAUGCUCUUACUCACCUAUUUAUAUCUUAAUACAUGCCUUUUUCCCUUCCAGUCUUGCCCUGUACUCUCCCUCCCUUCACCCCCUUCCCAUCCCACCUCUCUUUCACACACACACACACCUUAUUGCAACUGUGAAGAAAAGGAAUAUUUAACUCCAUACUUUUAGACAUUCAUCUUUGUUUCUUUUUAGCUUGAUCAUAUUGUUGCCAGUCUUGGACUAAUUUUUUACACCCUAGGGCAUAGCGAAUGCAUUAAAGUGUCAGAAAUAUAUGCACCUCCAUACACAUUAGUGUGUGUUUGCAAAAGAGUUUUCGUAGUUCACUGCAAUAUAUUUUUUUAAAUUUAGUUCCUCUUUAUUUUGACAAUUUAAUACAUGCAGUCUCAAAGUGAAUAGUGGACUUCUAGGAGAUCCCUGACACGACAUAUUUAACACAGUUUAUACAGUCGCUGCUAAAAAUAUUGUGAUUACAAAAUCAAUCUCUCCUGUUUGCAAGUAGUUUUAUAGGCAAAUUAUUUUGCUAGUUUGUACACAUUUAGGGUUAAAUUUAAUCCAGUUGAAAUUAAGUAGAUAAACUUUGUAGUGAGUAUGUGACAUUUGUUUGGUUAUCAAUCUCAGGAGACAUGUUAUUGCCUUGCAAUAAUUAACUCAGGUAUUUACUGUAGAAAUGUAAAUCUUGUUGUCAGAUUGUUGCAGUGUUGUGAAUAUACUAUUUAUUUCUGCA